AUGCCUUGCAAGAGGUUGCAGAUCUAUCAUUCACUUCCCAUUUCGUUCUGCGGAGAACUUCCCAACCAAGCAAUUUCUUCUUCCUUCUCUUUCGCCAAUUCCACUGUAACCCUCACCCAAGAAAAGAAGCAACACACCAAAGUCUGGGGAAAUCUGGCUCCAAUCGCCGUUGUCUCCAUCAAAGACCCCAUAACGAUGUCACGUUCCCCAGAGAACCCACUGCGGAAAGGCUCCGUCUGGGAGGAUAGAAUCCAUAAUUUUAUUCUGACCGCGCCGGUGAACUUGGUUUCUGGGAGUUGAGCGCUGGGCAGGCGAUGAGAUGGUGAAUUGAUUUAAAGCAGAUUCAUAUGCCUCUUGGCCUUUUUGGUUGACAAAACUCCUCGGCAUCGUCGGAUCACGAUUCCCAGGGAAUUUUUGUCCCUCAGCUCUUCCUCUGGGUCUUGGUAUCGGCGAUGUUACUUGAGUCCAAAAACCCCACAACACCGUUUCUCUGACCGUUUUUUGAGGAUGUAAAACUGUCGCACUUCCCCAAUUCAUCACCACCACCACCACCAUCAGGCAACCUACCUGCGACCCCCUUAAACGACCACACCACACCAUCACUAUAACCUUUGCAUCUUUCCAGUCCGCUUCCAAAUUACCCAUACCUGCCCUCCCCCUAUCCCUCCUAUUCUCCUGCGUCAAAUCUGGCAGCUUACCUUUGCAUCCAAAUUACCCUGUUUGCUUUUGCUUGCUUGCUUGCGUUUCACCCGCCCAGCAGCAGCUGCUAUAUCCCACAGGAAGAGAGAGGGGCGAAUGUUGUGAAACAACACACACUUCAGGUUCGCUUCCGCGGGGGAUAGAUUGAUUACCACCCAACCCUUCUUCUGUGUAGUUUUUGCCCCGCUUCCACCCAAAUAGUUUGAGUGGGGGGUCGCUCUUAACUCAGCCAGCCACAACACCAGCAGUCCGGCUCGCCCAUUCUCGGUUGUGGUCUGGGGGAUAGCUACCUUAUGUAGAACGAACGUCCCAGAAUUUUGGGGCGAAGGGAGGGGGUUCUUGGAUAGGAUAUACUCACCAGCAAACUGAGCCGGGUAGCACACGCUCUUUGGUCGUACCGGGUCAUUAGUUGACUUUCCCCGGUUAUACCUGUUUUAUGGACUGUUGUGAUGGUGCAACGAAAAAAAUUGGCUUGUUAACAAUGCAGUCGGCGGGUGUAUACAUGGAGAGAAGAAAACCCGUCCAGUGUUACCUUUGAAAGCUCUGAUGCUCAAACCCAGAGAGCUCCGAAAAUCCCGGAAAGAACAGACAUGGCAGCUGGCGAAUCAAACAAUCGUCCUUCAAUGUUGCUUGAGAGCAGCUGAAAGAGACGAGGGGGGUUGGCACGAUGAUAUUGGCCGAGAUAUGCUUCCCCUGGGCAACCAAACUAUACCCCUUGGAUUGGUGGUGCAUGUGGACAACUUUCCCAUUCAGCCCUGCUUGUGAAAGCCUGUUCGUUCUGAUAGUUAGUAUGUUUUAAAAUAUCUCUAAAGGCCUAUUAGCUAUCUUGAAAGGCCUGUUAACUAUCUUUAAAGGCAUGGUUUACGAUACC